AUGAAGCUAUCUACUACCAAACCCAUUUCUAGUCCAAGUAGAAUCGAUAAAUUCCCACCACCAUUGAUGAGAUUCUUAAGAACGAACGCAGGAAACAGAAGCAGAGGAAGGUCAAAAUCAAAACCAAAAUCAAGUAACUCUAUGUUCCAAAUCCUAAGGAAAAAGAACACUACCUCCAUUGAAACCAAAGAACCCUCUUCCCCAAAAGUCACUUGCAUGGGUCAAGUUCGAGUCAAACGCCCCUCCAAACAACCCACAAAAAAGGGUAUAUCCGGUGACGAAGCUCCGACUAAAUGCCGCUGCCGGUUCUGGUGGCCGUGGGUCCCACAUACAAAUGACUGGUUUCGGAGAAAGGGAAAAGCCUCUAAAGGUUCAACGAAAAAUGGGCCGAAAUCGAAAGAAUCAGAAAGAGAACAACAACAACAUGAAGAAGAAGAAAACAGAACAGUUAAAGUUAAAGCUUUCGUUUCAAACUCUAACGAUUGUGCUUCUUCUCUUUGUUCUACGCCACCGAGAAAUGCUCUCUUACUUACGAGAUGCAAAUCAGCACCUUAUAGUUCUUCUUCAUUAGCAAGUAGGUUUUGGGGUUCUCCAAUAAAGAACAAAGAAACAGAGCAAGUUUCUGAGAAACAGGCCGUUUCUAGGUUGAGGUUUUUCAAAGAACUUGAAGAUUCAGUGAGAGAAAGAAUGAAUGAGUCUGAAAGUGUUGGUGAAUUGAAGAGAAAGGAAGAGUCUGUAGCAUUUCCAAUAGUGCUAACAAGGUGCAAAUCUGAAAGAACAAGACGAUUUUGA